AUUUGGUAUAACGGAACAGCAGGCCUGGCACAGCUGAUCAGACUGACCAUCGGCAUAUUGGUAACGAUUAGUGGGACCUCACCCCAUUUCACCUUGUCUUCACCUCUUUCAUCCUCUCCGCAUGACCAUCACUCAUGACGAGCGAAGACCGUUCCGAGUGGCUAUCUGCGGUGCAGGUCCCGGAGGAUUACUGUUAGCUGUGACCAUUGGAAAGUACUGUGAAGACACCCCGAUCGACCUGUACGAGGCCCAGCCAGAGAUAUCAGUCGUUGGAGCGGGCAUUACACUUCGAAAGCGGACGUUGGGCAUAAUCGAGGACUUAGGGUUGCUGGAGGAGCUUAACAAGUUCGUGACGAACAUUAACAAGACUGACCGUGGUCUCCGCCAUCGCAUUGCAGACAACAGAGACGGAGGGGAAGAAUGGUUCCGUCUAACAUAUCGUAAUGGCGCACCUUCGUCCAUGCAUAGACGCGCGCUAGUCGACAUCCUCAAAGCCAGCCUCCCGCCCACGUGUACCGUCCACACGUCUAAACGGCUUAAAUCCUACCAAGAAGACUCGACGGGCACCCUCACCCUCGAGUUCACUGAUGGAAUCACCGCACUCGCUGACGUUCUCAUUGGAGCAGACGGCAUCCGUUCACCUACCCGCAGGUCUCUGUUUGAGACUGCCGCUCAGCACACGCCUCCACUAUUCAACACUGCACAUCUGUCUAACUAUGUCAAUCCUCUAUUCUCCGGUAUCAUGGUUUACCGUAGCCUGUUCCCGAUAAAAGAUCUUCUUGAGAAGUAUCCAGAUCACCCUCUGACCAAUGACCUUGUUCUCUGGUUCGGUCAGGAUAAGCAUCUUGUCGCGUAUGGCGUCAAUAACGGAAAGACUGUCAACGUCAUUGCCUACACUACGAAUUCCAUCACUCAAACCAAAGCCAGCCCAGAUAAAUGGGUCGAAAAUGUUCCAAGGAACGAGGUUGCAGAUACAUUUAGCAACUUUGAGCCCAUGGCCCGAGCGGUCGCCGAGUGCUGCGAGGACAUCAGUCUCUGGGCCUUACACAUUACCAGUGAGCUUCCUAUAUCGACCUAUGGUCAUGUUGCGCUGCUUGGGGAUGCGUGUCACGCCAUGACCCCGCACUUGGGUGCCGGUGCUGGCCAGGCCAUGGAGGACGCAUACGUUCUAGGCCGCUUACUCUCCCAUGCAGCCGUGAACACGCAGAACAUACCCAGAGCCCUUCGGAUCUACCAAGACGUCAGACUGCACUACGCCCAGCACAUCGCGGCGGACAGCUUGGCCAACGGCUUCUCGUAUAGUUUCCAGGGACCCGAACAAAUCAACGCUCCGCGUACAAAGGAGAAUCUCGAGGCUUGGAGUAAUAUCAUGAAGAAGCGGGGGCUCGAGUACAUGGAUGCGCCGGGCUCUGCUGUGGAGGACUGGCUCGAAGCAAAGCGGAGGCUAGACCAGACACUUGAGACAGGGCAGUAAGACUUUCGUAAGAUGCAACAUUUCAGGUCGCAUUAUCUUCAUCGAGUAAAUCUGCAGAACGCCAGUAGUCAACGAGCUUAUCAAAUGAUACAUAGUGCAUAAUGAGGGAAAUUAUCGGCGUGCUAGCUCAGGACGCAGCUUAGUAAGGGGAAAUGCGGGGCCACUUGAGAAGCGAGAUAGCUUGUUUGGAUGAAGGCAUGCAUCAAGAUUUGUGCGCUCGAUUUCUGAUAACACUGCAAACAAUUCAUGAUAGUUAGCCCGAAAUACUUAAAAAAUACGGUAAACAUUAAGUUGAACCAUUCUUGGUAAUUAAUCCUUUAUUAUUGUAAAAACUACUUUGAACAG